UAAGUAGCUGCUCACAGCUCAACCAAAACUACUAUUCAAUUCUUUCUCACCAGUCUCUUCCUUUCCUUCUUCAUUUCCCUUCUUCCUCUCAAACUCAUCCAUGGAAGUUCAUCAACACCAACCCGAGCCUCUCCUUCAACCAGCCUCUCCUCCUUCUUCCUCCUCCUCCGCCGCCACAGAACCCGCCAUUCAUGUACACCACAGAGAAGAAGAGAAGAUUCCAAAGUCAUCCAAGAAGAAGAAGACGACGACGACCGGUGACAACAACACAGAGAUGGUGGAUGGGAAGCAUCCUACAUACAGAGGUGUACGAAUGCGUCAAUGGGGAAAAUGGGUUUCAGAAAUCAGAGAGCCAAGGAAGAAAUCCAGAAUCUGGCUCGGCACUUUCCCUACUGCAGAGAUGGCGGCUCGAGCUCACGACGUCGCAGCUCUCUCCGUCAAAAGCAACUCCGCUUUCCUCAAUUUCCCGGAGCUUGCCGCCGUUUAUCCUCGUCCGGCCAGUAACUCCCCAAAGGACGUCCAAGCCGCCGCCGCCAAGGCAGCCGCUAUCGAUUAUCAAGUUAAUCGUCAGGAAGCCGAAGCCGAAGCCGAGUCCCGGGUGACGCAAGCCGACGCUCAAGCGCUGUCAAAUUCACCGUUGACGGACGACGACGACGACACGUUCUUCGACCUCCCUGAUAUCUUAAAUGACGGCGUUGACGAGUUUCAUUACUCUUCGCUGUGGCUCCUAGCCGGGAACGAUUACAGAGACUCAGGUUUCCGGCUCGAAGAGCCAUUUCUAUGGGACUCUUAUUAGUUUAAUUUGGAUUCUGGAUUCUCUUUAACAUGUGAAUUAAGUAAGAGAUACCAGUAAAAUUCUUAUUUUCUCUUUUUAGUUUGUUUUCUCCCAUCUUCUCUA